AUGGCGUCUGUCAGAGUAGCCGCCGACCCCCGUCAGCAAUUCACGCAGUAUGAAAUCGACGAGCUUUUAUCGCGUAUAUCAUCGGGAGCCAGCAGCAACGCUGUGGACGCGAUCAUGGCGUCGGGAGCGGCGCGGCAUUUGGCAGUGCGGCUCCUCACAGGUGGAACUGUCGUGGACGAGCCGCGUCCGCACAGCGCGGCGGCUGGCGGGAGGAGGACGGGCACGAGGCCGGAGCGCCCCUUGACGGCCGCGGGGAGGUGCGGCAGCGGCGGCAGGAGACUGAGCAGCGGGCUCGGGCGGCAGACAGUAGGAGACGAGCGCGGAAGGAAGGGGAAGGAGGCGGGGGUCUGGGCGGUGUGCGAUAGGCUGAUGGCAGAAAACGACAAGAGCACGACGCCGAGAGAGGGCGGUGCGGGGAGCCCGAGGGGUAACGCAGGGGAACAGAGACGGACAGGUUUGAAGGAGGUGCGGGGAGGUGACGUAAGGGAGCAUAGUGCACACGGCGACUGCUGCAAAGCGCAGGAGAUGCUGACGCGGCAGGUGGACGGGCUGACGCGGCAGGUGGAAGAGCUGACUCACACCAACGCGCAGCUGAGGGAGAUGCUGCAGGUGCGGUCGGGGGAGGUGCAGCGCGCGGAGGAGGCGCUGAAGGUGGCGCAGGGGGAGCGGGACGCCCUGGCGCAGGAGAUGGAGGCCGCCCUGCACACCUGGAUGGCCCCCACGCCCAGAGCCGCCACGCCUGGGGCGGAUGUGACUAACACGAGCGUGACAAUAGAGGAGCAUGCGGCAGUGGUGGGGCGGGUGGCAGCAGUGGAGAGGGAGAACCAGGAGCUGUGGGCGAUGCUGGAGGGGCUCAGCGCACAGAGGGAGGCGGAGCUCAGGCAGACCGAGGGGCUGCGCAUGAGGGUCAAGUGCAUGGCAGCGGCUGCUGGCAGCCCGGCCAGCACAGGCAAGAAUGGUGGCGGGUCACCUGAUGUCAGCACCAUGUCGGAGGCGAGCGCGAACUCGUCGGGUUUCAACCUCUCAGUGACCCCUGUGACGCUUCUAGUGCCUGUCAACCCCAACCAGCUCUGCCGCUCCCUCAAGGGGUUCAAGGCGCGUUCACUCCUCCGCCUCCUCGCGUUCCACAUCGUCAAAGGGCUCUACACGCAGGAGAGGUUGACAGCUUUGCCUCGCGGCGCCAGAAUGCGCACCUUCUUUCGCCACCACUCGAUUCGUAAGGUCAAUGGGCCGUUGCUGCCGGACUCGGCCCUUCUCUCUGGCUAUCCUCCCCUGUGGAAGAGGCUGGGCGGAAUAUUCCAGAGGAAGAAGAAGCCGGGGAAGUUGUGGGAGCGGGUGCUGCCUGUUCAGGUCCUGCUGUUUGAUGUCUACACUACACCUUUCUUCACCGUUCACAUUGUGUCUGGAUUAAUACUCACAUGGGGGUUGGCAUGA